AUGACGUACGAAAGCAUUAGUUUCUUUGACCAAAGUACUAAAGACGGGCAUUCAGGGAUAUGCGGGAACAAAACUACAUCACAAUCCACUGUUUUUAGCACAACGGUGCAACAAUUGUUAGCAGACCUGAAAUUUGCAACACCCAAGAUCAACCGCUACUUUGCAGCCACCAAGCGAGGAGAGGGCAAUGCAUCGAUAGUUUAUGCAGUUGCUCAAUGUGCAGAAACCCUAAGCAAGAGCGGGUGUGAAGCUUGCAUGAACCAGGUGUAUAAUGACACUGUGAAAUGUACUCCAUUUUCCAAUGGUAGAGGUGUUGAUGUUGGGUGUUUUCUUAGGUAUUCAGAUUCAUCUUUCUUUGUUGAUAACCAAAUUCUCGAUAUCAGACCUUAUCUUAAAAAAGGUGAUUCAAGAAACAGGUAUUAUCUGAUCGGAGGAUUAGUAGGAGGUGGGGUAUUUCUCUUAUUUCUAAUUGCUCUAUUCCUUUGGUUCAAACCAUCAAGGAAACAUAAACCAAAUCAGAGAGGUGAUAUAUUAGGAGCAACUGAGUUGCAAGGUCCAAUGAAUUAUAAAUACAAAGAUUUGAUUUCUGCAACAAAAAACUUUAGUGAAGAAAAUAAACUUGGAGAAGGAGGUUUUAGUAAUGUAUACAAGGGGGUGCUGAAGAACGGGAAAAUAGUAGCAGUGAAGAGACUGGCAAUAAGUGAAUUUCGUUCUCAAAGGGUGAAGGAAGAUUUCGAAAGUGAAGUGAAGCUUAUAAGCAAUAUCCAUCAUCGAAAUCUAAUUCGUCUUCUUGGUUGUUGCAAUAAGGGAUUCGAGCUGCUUCUGGUUUAUGAAUUCAUGGCCAACAGUAGCCUAGACAAAUUCUUGUUUGGUGAAAGACGAGGCACAUUGAAUUGGAAUCAACGACUUCAAAUAAUAAUAGGCAUAGCAAGAGGUCUUGCAUACUUGCAUGAGGAAUUCCAUGAGUGCAUUAUACAUCGAGAUAUAAAAUCGAGUAACAUUCUUCUGGAUGAAUAUUUCCAGCCUAAAAUUGCAGACUUUGGGUUGGCUCGACUUCUACCCGAAAAUCAGACCCAUCUUACCACCAAGUUUGCUGGCACCCUGGGGUAUACAGCACCAGAAUAUGCACUCCAUGGACAAUUAUCAGAAAAGGUAGACACGUAUAGCUUUGGUAUUGUUGUCCUUGAAAUCAUAAGUGGCCAGAAAAGCAAUGAACCAAAACCAGUUUUGAAUGGUGACUUCCUCCUCAAAAUGGCGUGGAAAUUGUACGAGAAUGAAAAGUACCUAGACUUGGUAGAUGAAAACUUAGACGUGAGUGAGUAUGAAGCAGAAGAGAUGAAGAAGAUGAUAGAGAUUGCAUUCUUGUGCACCCAAUCGACACCCGGUUUGAGGCCAACGAUGUCUGAAGUUGGGAUUAUGUUGAGAAAUAAGGGGCCACUUGAACACACUCCUCUUCCAAAACCAGACUUCAUUAAUCCACAUCACGAAACAAUAUUUAUUGAACACAACUUCCCAUCUACUGCCUCUUCUGCAUCGAAUGCUAAUGCAUCUUUUACUCAGAUUUUUGCUCGUUGA